AUGAACUGUAGGAAAAAAGGGGUGAGAGUGCGGUGGAUCAUAUUUGCGGAUCUCGUUUUUAACCUAACCGAAUGUAGAUUGGCCAUUAAGUACAAAUUUUUCAAAAUUCAAUAAAAUUAUAUUUUGCACUCACAAUAUUGAAUUAUUUCAGCCAACGUGCGUUCACUUCGACUACCCCGUCGUCGCAUGUAAGUGUUUGAUAGUCCUUAUAAGAGCUUUAUUAAAUAGUUCCAUUUUGUAUUCACGCGCAGCGAUGACAAAAUUUUCGAAUCGGAAUGCUAAAACCCUUUAGUAAUCAACCGUCAUCUUUCCUUUGACACUUUUACUGAUUCGCUUUUGCACAUCCACCUGGCUUAUUUAUUACAUUUUUUGAGUUUUUAUGGCCUUUUAUACGCAAAGUCGGAUACAUGGAUUCAGAGCAGUUUGCGUAAAAAUGUGCGAAAAGUGGACUAUAAGGAAAAUCAUUCAGCUGUUCAAUCCGCAGAUUGCGUGUUGCACCAAAAAAUUGUUUGCAUCAACAAGUUCUAGUUAUUUGGUCGAAAAUGCACCUCAUCUUCCGUUUGUAGCAAUGCACUUUAAACGGCUUUGUGAAAAUCGCCACUGGUCCACGGCACAUCGCUAUUAUUGCUACAUAUUUAUAUCAGUUAUCUGGGUUUCACUUGGUCGGCGAUAUAUAUUCCAUUGCCGACAGUCAGCUAACUGGUGUGCUGAGCAAAUUUGGGCUUAAAUUCAAACGAAACGAUUGCAUACAGUAACCCGGUGCUGCUGAGUAAUCUUUUUGUGAUCAUUUCGACCUUCUUAUUCGUAAUUACGUUAAUCCAGUUAUCCAACGUAAAUAAAAAAUUUAUUAGCCAUGCCUUUGUUAAAUGCCGUAGAAGGUAAUGUAUUCAAAAAGCGAAUUUUACAGACAUUUCCAUAAUGUCUUAAAAAUCUUUCUCGCAUAAUGAAGAUGAUGAAACAGCUGUAAAACGUCCCUUCUUAGGCCUCUAAGAACAAUUAUGGAAUGAUCACUCUGUGAAUAUUUGCGAGUACAUUUUUACUUACAUAUCUGUCACCCAUCUACCACGCAGUCUGUUCUUACUUCUGUUGUUCAAUGAAUUUCAUUUUGAGCACUAAGCUAACUGCGUUUCACCAAGUGCUUUUGAUGAUUGCCAGCGAUUUAUGUCCGGGCUGUUUAUGCAAACAACCUCAAAUUAUUGACAAUUCGCGCGUACCUCUGGCUACAUGUGCCUUAAGCGAACGAGCCGGAAAACAAAAUUUUUUAUGAACUCACUAGCAGGUUUGCCACUCGUCUUUGCAUACCCGAUUUUCCCUUAUUUUCGCCCCUUUUACUUGACUUUGGCCCUACCAUUUCAAUAGUUAUUUUCUAAAUAGAUUCAAAUUACCAUUAUUAAAUUGCUCAGAUCAUCUCAAAGAUGUUGGAAUACUUGUUAGGGUCAGUUAAUGUAGUUCCGCCGGUUUAAUUCUCAUCUUUUUUAAACAAAAAAUAAUUUAACAUUUGAAUUCGCCUCUGUCAGUCUAUGGGCCAAAUCGUCAUUACUCUAGCUGCCAAUUUUAUCUUUGUCAGCAGAUUUGUAUUUACAUCCACUUUUGCCGCAUAGAUCGUUGUAAACUUGAAGUCAGGAAAUCGAGAUUACACCCGUUACCUCAAAAUUCAUGUCGCUUUUUGUUAGCACUUGCUUCUUGAAUUUCAAUUAGCUGCAUACUGACGUUGCUUGUAGCUUACAGUUUGCUCUCUUGACAUUAACUCCGCAAGAGCUGACUUUUACAACACAUUUCGGUCCCAGAUAUGUGCUUUAGUGUUAAAAGGGACUGGUCAUCGGUUAUGCAGUGCCUGUGCUAAGUAAUGAAAUGUCAUGAAUUAACGCAGGUAAACGACUUUAACGCAAAAUCGGUAACACCAAAAAUACGCUACAGUUUCCAUUAUAAUUUUGACCUCGGCGUUUCAUGAGUUAGCACAGGUACUGUACAUCUGACAGCAUUCUAAAAUUUUAGUAGUUUUCCAAGCAAAAGUCGUAUUCUGUUGCUAAUAAUAUCUUUAGUUCUGUAAUUCUGAGUCUUACAGAAGUAGUCUCCAAGUUCCCGGAAGAUAUAUAAACACCAAACUGCGAAGUUCUCAUGAAAGCAGUAUGCAAAAGGGAAUUAGUGUCCGGCAGUCUACUCAAGGAGACGCAUUUGAAGCUUCCUCUAAAAGAGACUCUUCUCCCUGAGUAUCCGUUGUUUAAAGUCACACUGAUGUUUCUAGUGCAAAUAUCUGAUGCAUUAGAAACUUUACAUCUUUUUCUUGUGUUACUACCAAACGCAUUGCUUAGGAAUGGUUUUUCGAACUUACGGUUACGUUGGGAGCACAAUUUUUGGUUUCAGUCCCUUUCUAUACGAUAAAAAAUGUAUGCACUUACUUCAUAUUGACCCAAUUGUGAAAAACUCGGCGCCUCGGUGGGAUUCGAACCCAAGCAGUAAGGGGAAGGCCUUCCCCUUACUGCUUGGGUUCGAAUCCCACCGAGGCGCCGAGUUUUUCACAGUUGGGUCAAUAUGAAUUAUUCCAAAUCUGCCAAAAUAUCAAUGUAUGCACUUACGAAUAUAUGCGCUUAUAAGCCUGUUAGAACUGUUGUCAGCAUAAUUAAGAGUUCUGUCCUAUGCAGUACAUCGCAGAAAAAGGAUUUUUGUGCUGUGGGAGGCAGUAUUCAGGAAGGCAAAAUGCCAAUCGCAUCCUCUCGCCAGUUAUUUGUUUUAAUCUUGGUUAAUUUAUAACUUAAAAGCACCCAAGACUUUAAAAUAAACAACACUAGUCAAAGCUUUUUUCCGUCAUUAAUGUAAGUAAAUUUCAUUGCAAUUCACAAGUAUAUCGACGAUCUUUUAAAAUUCAUUUGAGUUCUUUAUCUAACUUUACAGGUCCAUGUGAGGGUUUUGAUCGAAAUUAUUCCUCGUUAAAUGGUACCCCACGCCCCAUUCACCCCUAUCAAGAGCCUCAAAGAUUUUCAAUGCCAUCGGCGGAUAGAAAUCAACCUGAUCUUCACAGUAUUUGUCGCGACGAAAUAGAGCGUCUGCGGCGGAAGUUGCGGACAGAGAGACUUGCUAAUGAUUUUCCAAGAAGCCGUUCUUGUCCCGGGAGGAAUGUCACCUGGGCUGAAUAUGACGACUCCAAUAUCGCAAGUGACCCAUCUGUCAACCGGCGCAAGUACUCACUGGCUACGCAGGUAAACACUUCAACCUUAACUCUUAUAAAUAGAGAAAAAUCAGUUACUGAAGACUGUGAAGGAGCUCCUGUAACUCUCGUAUUUUUCAAUCACUUUGGCAUGACAACGACUGUUUAGAUAAGCAUAAGUAUCCCUACCCUCAGUGACCUAACUCUCAUCCUUAUGGUUGUCACCAUUAAAGUCUUUGCCAGGAUCUUAAGUAAAAUAAGCUCCCCCAUGUGAAUCACCAACUUCCCAAUUACCACCAUAGCAGCCAACCUGCAAUAAGGUCAAUAUUAUUUUUAUCCAGGUACGCAUGUUCACUCACAUAUAUGUAUAUAUAAAGAACCCUACCAGGAAGAGCGGUAGGCUAAAAGGUAACCCGUCCACAAUGAUAGGCAAUCUAGACUAGAGUUCUGUAGAUGUUACGACUUAUAGCGAUUUAUUUCUGCCUGUCCUGUUUAUGCAUGGGUAUACACGAUAAUUAUUUUUUUUCGGAGGAUGUUUGAGAAGUUAUGGUCCGAGUUUACGAUCUUUCCUUCUCCCGCAAAUGGCCCCUGCCUAGUUAACUAGUCUUCGAGCAAAGCACAAGUAACAGCCGCAAGGUAAGUCAAGCGAGAAAGGUGGGAUCUGAGCGGGACUGAUAAGUCUGUCGUAGUGUCCACUGUAACCUGAGGCUAGUCUGUCUAGCUGUUCUGUGCGAUUUCAAAUUAUCGCCUCCAAGGUUCUUAGAAAAUCUGAAUAAAGUAUUAAAUUUUACUCCUAUGGUGUUCCUGGCAUUGCUCUUAUUUUAAAGGAUAAAUAUUUUGGACUGGGAAAAAGUAGUUAAAAUUAUUUUUUUCCAUCGAUGUACCUACCAUUUCUGUCAGUAUUUACAUACAGGCGCGCAAACCAUGCUGGACUUUUGAGCUUAGUACGCAACUGAAACUACCGUUUGACUUUAAGCCUACCUUCCGUUAAGGUUUAUAUUUAAAAAAUGGCAUAAAGUUUUAAAAUGACCUGUUAAAUUGGGUUACAUUUGGGCUUUAAAAUGGAUGACGUCACAUUCCUGUCAAUGUCCCCCUGUACAUGCAUUAUGUACGAAUCGUAUUUUGAAUUCGCACUUGACCUUUAUCUGCGAAUGUCUCUGAUGAUGGAUUCGAGUGAGAAUCCGAAACGUCAAGCAAAUAAAGUUCUUGUUCAAGUGAUCGCAUCUUCAUCUUCCGUAUUUUGAAUCCUUAAAAUUAGAUUGUUGAACACCCAGAUACUAGGCCACAAAAAUAGCAAUUUCGGUGUUUCGAACAUUCUUGAAAUCCCGAUUGUUAAAACAGAGCUCUGUCCUCCCCUCAAGUAAGACUUCCAACAGACACAUAGUUAUCUGUGAACUUAGUUUGCAGAAUAAAAUUUGGAUGCUUCUUGCUUUCAACUGCUAAAGCAAAGACCAGCAUCUUAUUCCACAGUAAUUAUUUUGAACUUUUAUUACAUUUUCGUUGGUAUUAGCACCGUCGUUAGGUAUUUUCUUAUGUUUUAAAAUUUACUUUAAUAUUUCAGCCGAAAAUAUUUCUAGAUUCGACUCCUGACAUACAAUCAGAGGAAGUCGCUGAAAAUAGCCUGCAAAGUAAUCGCGAAUGAACUUGAGAUCGCCAUUGUAAGACUAGAAUGAACUUAAUGUUACGACAAAUUGUAAUCCUGCCAUGAGCGCCCAGUAUGCGAUGCGCAGUUAAGCGAGUAUAUCUAACAAAUUCGCCCGAUUAGAAAUACCCACAGUUACCCUUGAAUCUGUGGGUUUCAUGUCUAAAGGCCUUUAGGCUGAUAUCAGAUCUGGUAAAUGCGUGCAGAAAGGUGCCAGUUAUCGCGAAAAAGGCAGAACGAAACUCUCUCUCUUUGUCGGUAAUACCAUUCUAUCUGUAUCAUGCGCCGUUGUGCAGCUGCUGGUUGGGCCAGAGGGGGACCCCGUAAAGCCUAACGGGAUAAGUGAUUUCCGUAAAAACGAUCGGUGCGCGCCCCUCGACAUUGCCGUUCGCAACCCACAAUACAACCAGCCAGUGGCUCAGUGAUUAGAGGCGUUGGACUUCUAAAUAGCAGGUUAGAGGAUCGAGUUUCAAGUGAUCCACACUUCGGGGUUGAGUAUGCCUGGCUGACGACGGCUAUUAAGCCAGAAAUGGUCAUUCUAGCCUUCCUCGUCUCAUGACCGAUCUCAAGAAAAUUUGGCCGAAAUUGUGAAAAACGUUUUCGAUUUGGAGGGAUUUUUAGAUGGGGUUGUAAUAUUGAUUAUUUUGCGAUAUAAUCAUACAGUAUUAUGGAGUUACCAGGAUGGCGGCUUUUGAAUGCCCUUUAUUUCGACCUCCUUUAGGAACCACAUUCGGUAUCAAAUGGUUACUUAAGCAGCAUGCACUUUCGCACUGACUUUGGAUGGUCGUAUAAAUUCAGAUAUAUUUUGUAGGAAAUAUGCACAAACAUGCUUUCCUCUACUCGUUUGAUAGAAAAGGGCCUUUACAUUUUAUACCCUAGGAAAGGUUAGCUCUCUGGUUUAAAAAAGUUCCUAAUUAUGAGAUUUUUAAGACCGUGCGAUGUCCAUGUAUACAGCAUGGCAAAUGUCCGUUUACUAAUGCUUUCCAUGAAAUUUACAAUAUAUUUCGCAUCCACUACAAAAUUUUAUGAACCCUAUACAGUAUCUUCAUAAACGUGGAGGAAUAUCUGACUUUCCUUGCGCGGAAGGCAUAAACCUUGUAGACUGAAGUCGCUAAACGCCAAUGCAACGGCUAAUCAGGCUUAAAAUUACUCGGGAAUUCAAAACUCUUUCAAAACAUAAAUAUAUACUUUCUUCGGGCAUGAGGUGUAAAGAUAAUGCAAUGUCCUACAAAAUGAAUAAAAGAAGACAUGCUUUGGUGCAUGUUUUCUAGAAAAUAUCUUUAAAUCUAUAGGACCAUCGAAAAUCAGUGCGAAACUGCAUGCUACUUAAGUAAUAGUCCUAUACCGAGUGUGGUUGCUGCAGGAGGUCAACAAGCAUUGCAUUCAAAAGCUGCCGGCCUGGCAAGUUCGAAAUACUGUAGGAUUUUGCUGCAAGAUAAUCAAUAUUACAACCUCACCUAAGUAAUCAUUCCUAAUCGAAAACGCAGUUCAGAAUUUCGACCAACAUUUCAUGAGAUCGGUCAAGCAUUGUAGCUGCAAUUUUUUAAGCUGAAAAAACUUUUACCCCAUUUUGGGCCAACUAAAGGGCCAAACCUCCGCGUUAUGCUCGGCGUUCAUUAUUUAGAAAAACGAGGUACAAUUCUCUAUCGUACUUAUACACGUCUCGCCAACAGCGGCAUUUAUCGGACUACUGUCAGUUCUUCUGCUCCAAGCUGUCCUUGUCUAAAAGCGCCGUUCAUAUUAUGGUUUGUAUGCGUUAAAGCUGUAGCGAUUUUUUUGCCCCUAAAAGUAGACCCAGCAUUCUAACCAACGUCAAUUUACUUGUUCUUAUUCUCAAAAUGGUGACUGCUACAAUUGUUAAGCGUAAUCUCGUAUUACCUAGAUCACGUUACUCCGGUCCCACUUUUUAUUUAACUCUUGUGACCAAAGGUCUCCUUAAAAAGAAUCGCAAUAUACAAUUUGUUUUCACCUCACCUGCCUCAGCAAAUUCGAGCAAAGGUAUCUAGCUAAAGUACGCAGAACGUGCACUUUAGGCGUCCUGAAUAUCUUGUGACGUUUGUUCCGCGACUUUGUGUGCUAUACAAACAUGAUCGAUUGGGCGAUGGAGUUUUCAAAAGCAAAGCACCGCAUCGAAUAGAAGUCCAUAAAAACUGGUAACUAUAUUUUUGUUGCUUUCUGUUUAGAAAAAACAGAAGAAUGUUAUCAUCUGAGACUGCACACAAGUGCGCCAGUAUCGUUAAGGCCGCUAACGUCUACUCGAUUUCGAUACAUUUAUUCUUUGAAAACUUAAACAAAUUUUCAAUCUCGUAUCUGUCUUUCCUCUAUUCUGGUGCCACUAGUAGGACUCUGUAAACGUCUAAUUCGUCUCUGCCCUAGGGGAUAGGUUAAACUGGGCUGGGUAUGACCACGAUCUAGUCCGCAUAGCCGUUAGCCUAUUAUUUUCGGCAUAAAUGAUUACUAAUAUUGCAGUUUUUACAGUGCAUAUAGCGUGCAUAUGUUCAUUACGUAGAUCAGCCUGUAACAACCACCAUACAAGUAAUCCACCACCCGUUAUCUGUUUUCGAGGAUGAGACUGAGUCACUUGUUGAAAUCCCAACUGUUGGCCCUGCCAUAUUAAUUGGGCGGGAGAGGCAAAACAACGGACCACCGAUGAGAAUUUCGACCGGUGAUGUAAUCUAUUCUAGUCCUCCGUAAACAAAAACCGGAGGUAGGUUGCUGCUAUGAUUGUUCGUUUAGCAAGGCACGUUUGAACUAUGCUGUUAAAGGGCAUUGAGGAAUUAAGAGAUAUUCCAUUUGGAGUUCAGGGCUGAGGCCUCAGCUUUCAGCUGUAUUUAAAUGAAUGUUGACACCCUAAGACUUUAGUAAAAGUUAGAGCAGCUGUUUGCUUUCCGGAUGUACUCCCAAAAACCGUCAAGGAAGCCCUGGAAUGAACGCGUUUUUGACGAAAGUGGUCCGUCGGACACGGAUUUGGGUGUCCCCUUUCGAACUGUGACGCAAAGCUAUCUGUAUUUCGGAAGUGGCCAUAACGGUAGGCUUUCAAGAAAGUGAUCGUGCUCGUAUAUAUAUAUAUGUAUAUAUAUAUGUGUGUGUAGGUAAGGUGAUACCGUCAAAGACACGGGAGACCGAAAUGGCCAUUUCUGGCUUAUUAGCCGUAAUCAGGCAGUCGCGUCCCAUUCCAAGUGUGAACCCCCUGGGAUUCCAACCCGGGAUCUUUGGCCGUUGAGUCGGACGCUCUACCAAUGAACAGCGGAUUCGUCGUCCUGUCGGUUGUGAUCGGAAAUAUUAAUUAGUAUGCUACUUAACCCGAUUGGUGAGGACAAAUCUACCAUUAUAUGUGUAUGCAGCGAGGAGAGGCUGCAGAGAAUGCGAGUAGGUAGAUACAGUGCUGUUUCGGGCUUAUUUUGCCUUCAUUCAGCCAGUCAUAACCCUGAACAACAGCUGAAACCAGAAACACGAAAAUGCGCACUGACAGUGGCGUAGUGGGUCCACCACUGAAACCUACAAGAUUGGUCAGAAGCACUUCAUCGGGCCGAAGUUCAUUAGUGCCUCACCACCUGUCAUUCUCUGUCGCUGCAGAUUGGGUAUUUAUUCAAUCAGGAAUGGGCCCACAUCGAUCUAUUGGCUUUCUGCAGCAAGCAAGCUUCGUAUGGGUGGCAAAGGUCGCGAACAGGCAACCUGGCUGUCUGGCUGUUAUUAUGGCUUGGCCGACUUCGGCCUGGUAGUUGGAUUCCUGUUCGUGACCUUUGCCACCCAUAUGGAGCUUGUUUACUUCGGGAGGCCAAUAGAUCGGUGUGCGUCCAUUUGUGAGUAAAUAAGCAUAUGUGCAUAUAUAGUAUAGAAUAAACGUAUUUGGGUUGCAGGCUUGUUUUAGUGCAUUAAAGGACAUUUCCUAAGGGAAUAGUCCAAGAGAGAGGUACACAUUUUCAUACCCUACAUGGUGGUCCUUCUUUGAAGUUAUGUCAUAAAUCGUACCCAUUGGAACCCACUUAACCCCUUUUUGUUGUUUUUAGCCCCAAAACGGGUCAGAUUUGAAGGCCCUACGUAGAGAAAACAAGGAGCUCAGAAGACAACUCGAACAGCUCACUAGAUUUUCUGGACAACCAUCGAAUAACCAAUAUGCCGGCGGAGGAAUGGGACCGAGUAUACAAGGACUUAGUGACCAGGCAAUACUGAGCCUACCUGCAGAUUUCUGGUUGGUCAACAGUCGUUCAUCGUCGAGUUUUUGCCCAUACUGUCAACGAAGUUAUUGCUAGUAACUUAGCUCUCAACGCUUGUCACCAUUAAACAGUCUGCAACCAGAUCUGUUACAUAGUUGUUGCUUUGCUUAAAUAAAAUUCAGGUAUUUGUGAAGCGUCUUCUUUUCGCUCUGCGGCACCAGGCCAUAUCUCGUCGGUCUUGGUGAGGCCUCUUUGGGGGCAGGCAGGCAUCCUAACUCAGUUGUACACUGUUCCGGGACGGUGCUCUCGGCGUUCUAGUACUGGCGUUCGAAUAGAAAAUGAACCACCGUUUGUAAAAAUCUGCCUGCAUUGCCAAGUGCUGCAGUUUUGCCUGCUUUUUUCUAUAUAACUGAAAUAAUCGUGCUCUGUCAUCACUGUAGCUGACAUAAAGCACAAAAGAAGGAUUUAAAAGAUAUGCAGUCAGCAAAACUACUUGUGUGAGAUACAUUCGAAGGCGCUUAGAUAAGCUCAUCUUGGCUAAAAGGAAGCAUUAUAGAAAACCAUUUAAGUUGGCUGCCCUCCGCGAAAGAAGCAAAACACGAGUUGAUAAAACCACUAUGCUUUCUUACGAGGCCUCACCGAGACGAUGAGAAAUGCGGGCCGCAGGAAGUAAGGAGAUGGUCACAAUUAUCUGAAUUCUAUUUGUGUUUUUUCGUUUUUACUGGUAAUAUAUCUCGCUUUGAGCGGGUCGUAUUUUCGUCUUCUGGAUGAUGCCUCGUAGCAGACAUUUUUUGCCUGGUCUAGUUAAAAUUUCUUCAGAACAGCAAUAAUUUUACCCGCAUUUUGUUACUCAAAUUGCGUUGCAACAGUUUUACGGCGCGAUGUGCAGUUAAUUCGGUCGGAAAGUCACAUCACCAUGGUCUGUCAAUACUUUAAGAUAUUUAACGAACACGCUGACAAAACUUCCUUGCGUUACCGCAAGGAGAAGGAUUCGCAAAUCAGCGAUAUCUUGCAUGCUUGGGUAUAAGAUUUUUAUACUAUUAUGUUUGUACUAAUAGUUGCUACUUUCUAAUUGUGUAGGGCUGCGUUGCGGCAUAUAAGUCCAUUCAAGUCAUAGAAAACGUUAAACUUCCCGAUAUACGUUUAGUCUUCUGUCUGUAGGGAGCUUGUUUUGAGAUAGAUUCAUGCCUUGUAAACAACCUAUUUCACAUAUUUUCUGGUAAGGCAUAGACUCCCUUUGGCACGCUGUUCCAAGGUCACAAUAUCAAAACAGCCGGGUUUUGCCAAAUGACAUUACUUAUGGAGAAGGACACCGAAAACUGCCUUAACCUUGACGUAAAUGACGUUAGCAUGGGCUUUGCAUUCAUUGUUAUUUUAAAUGUGCCCCCAAGACGGGCCACGUGGGAGGUGCGCUGGACCAACACGGGGACCAUAUCAGAUUCUGGCAGGCGUUAUCGGAUUUGCGCACCAUAGCAAAUGUCAGUAUUUCGGGGUGCGGUGGCAGUCACCGUUGCCGACAGACGCCGUGCAUACUGAGACCCCUAACGCCACCCAUUGUUGUUGUUUUUGGUCAAAACUUGGUCAUUUGUUAUGUGGAUCAGGGGGUGUGAGGUGGAGCGCCAAGUUGCGGGCUCGACCGCGCCAUCCACCUGUGCCGUCCCCCGCUUCCAGUCUUUUUGACUCUGUUUUGACACCGGAUCCAAGUGGAGAGUGGAGGAGAGAGUGCGGUAGAUACUGUGCAAGUCUAAUACCACUAUAAACUAGUUCACGAGCAAGUCUUUUCGCCUGCUACACCUUUGUGUGUAGCACACGGUAGGCAUGAUCGGAAUCGACGACCGAACUGUCGUUUUUUAAAUAACAAAUGUUAGCUGUGCACAGCAUUAUUUUUGAACGUGGGAUAAAAUUUCUUUUCCAACCGGCCCUGACGCAAACAUUUAUUCAUUUGAACUUACACAAUUAAUAAUUUCUUUGAAAAUGACGGGCAGACCGUCGUGAACGACGAUGUGCCUACGGAGUCCCCCACGGGACGGGCGCAACAGUGGUGAAUUGCACGUGAAUCAGUUUAUGAUGAGGCAGACUUGCGUGGCAUCUGCCGUCUCGCCUACCUGGCUUCCAUGGCGUGACACUGUCAAGACGGGCGCAGUGGAUGACAACGGUUAACACCUCGCCCACGCGUACCACACAGGAAUUGCUUUCCACAGCAUGCGCUAUGCUUUCACUAGGACUUUUCAGAUUCUGUAUGUCUGAAAGUGCCCAGAGGACACACUAAGUAGGCGUCAGUCCCGAUGAAGAUCGAGUUAUCCUGUUAGUUGAUAACCUUCCAGGCCACAACUCGUGGCACGUCGGGAUUUAUUCAGACGCGUCAGAUGUAUUGUAGUGGAGAAGGCGCUGACAUUCCGUGGUGGUUGAUGCCCCAGUUGUGGCAUAACUUCCUCUUCCUUCUCCGGGGCCAGAAAGUUCAACCGUCAACGAUGUCCACCGUGUGCUACACAACACGAUGAGAGCAGGGACGGUGACUUGCGCGUGAAUUAGUUUAUAGUGAUAUUGGACUUGCGCAGCACUUACCGCACUCGCUCCUCCCACUCUCCACCUGGACCCGGUGUCAAGACAGAGUCAAGAAGACCGGAGACGAGGGAGAGCGCAGGUGGCUGGCACGGUCGGGCCCGACACCUAGGCGUGCCACCACACCCCCCGGUCCACAGCAUACACUUGACCAGGAUUUUUCAUCCAACAACAGCAAAAGCACCCCGACAGGGGCCAAAAGGACGAGGAUGAUGGCUGGGCGGUCAUGCUCACUGCCUGUAUGCCUGGCGAGAACGUAAUCACAUCUACGAGCAGGGAACUGCCAGCGCAUACCAGUCUGUGGGGGCUGUGGUUUGCUGAUACUGGUAUGGCACGCGCUUUUCGACCUUUUGACUCUUCUCCCAUGCACUAGUCCACCGUCGACGACUGGCAGUCAUCGGGUGCGCGAUUGGGCUCAGUGGUUGACGGGGUAUGAGAUCUGCAUCUAAGCGUGCAAUUAUGAAAAAAGCGAGUCCCUUUGCUAGAGUUGUGUGCGUUGUGUGUGUAAAACAGUCCAGGUCUGAAUUUCCGGUGAGUUUGAGGCUUAAAUCGCACAUGUACAGUAGAUGGACUAACUCAUGAAAUGCCAGCCGAAAUUUCGAAAUUCGUUCCCGUAUCGAAAAGAUUAAGUGAGUAGGGUUGUAAAACUAAUCAUCAUACAGCAUAAAUCUACAAUAUCCAGUUACCUCAGGGUAUGGGCUUUCGAUCGAACUUCUUGCCGAAUGCAUGCAAGAACUGUACUCUUCAAAAAAUGACUACUUAAUUAGCAUGCAUUUUUCCCAUUGAUUUUCGAUGCCCCUAAACGUUCAAUUAUAUUUCAUGGAAAACAUGCAGAAAAAUAUUCAUUCUUUUGCUCAUUUGGUAGAAAAUGGCGUCUUUUUCCAAUUUUAUUCUCGAAUGAAGGGUAUGAUUCGGUUUUCAAAAACUCUUCCGAUUCCCGAAUAAUUUUGAAUCCGACCUGCCGUUACACUUGCAUCCAGGGUUUCAAAACUACACGCCGUAUAUUUUCUGCCUAUGAAAAACCAUACAUUCCUCUACGAUAUUAAGGGAAGACCAUGUGGGGUUCAUAAGAUUUGGUAGUGGAUUUGAGCAAUAUUGUUAACUUUACAAGCGACAUUAGUAAAUGAAGAGACGUGAGGGUUUAUGAAUGGCCAUUUCACGUUAUUAAAAAAUCGCACAAUUAGAAACUUUUUUAAAAUUAUGCUGUGUGAGGAUUAGUUUGUCAAACUUUCUUAAUUGAUCUUUUCGAAACGGGAACGCAUUUUGAAAUUUCGGCUGACAUUUCAUGGGUUAGCCCACCUACUGUAGGUUCUCUAUAUCUGUUAUAUGUACAUGGGCUUGGUACUUCUCGAUUUCGUUUUCGGUGUAGCCUAUGGCUGUCAGACAUUUCUAAUGAUCAAUUUAAAAAUCAGUCUUGGUUUGCGUCGUGCAAAUGGAAAUUGCUAAACUAUUUGUUUAAGGUAUUGACUUCAGUAUCCUUUCAGCAGGCCGACUCCGAUUUCCCCAAAAGUUGCUGGUUGUAUGAGAGGUUUGCAGAAUGCUGUUGAAGUCAAGGUUACUUGAAUGUCAGUUAAUUAAGUGCUCGCUGUAGGUGAACUGUGUGUGGCUACUCCAGGUCCUGCUAAACGUGCGGACCAUAUUGACUAUCUAACUAGAAUUUCUGUAAGGAAAUACCAGUUGUGGAUUUGGAUUGACAAAUUUCGUUUGAUGGUGUAUUUGAUAUUUGAAAUUUCAUAGGUAUUCAGCUUGUGUGGAGAAGGAAUACGUAAAUUGUGAAUGCUGCGCGUUUUUGUUCGAAGUUGGACCUUGGCGACCGCGGGAAAUUUGUGGCCUCAAAAUCAACGCGUUUUUAAUAUGCGCAUGUAUUAAGUCUUACUCGGGUUUUCUUAAAUACACUCUUAAAUUCAUUAUUCGCCCGCGCAUUGACGCAAAUAAGUUUAUGCUGUUCUAGUUGCUCAGGAGGUCACUCGUACAUAGUUGCCCGAUGGUUAGCUUUUCCGGAAUUAUUCAAUCUUUUCUACCGCCGGUCCAACACUCGUGAAGAAAAUUUACUUAUUGCUUUGCGCCGCGGUUGAUGGAAUGAAUGCGCUGUCUGGCUCUGUUUUCCGUUCACCAAUGGUGACAACGUCAAGGAGAACAGUAAGUCAACAGCCGGGCCGGAAGUCUGCCUUCAAUGCAACCAGAGAAUACAGCGGAAAAUAAUGUUAAAAAUCCGGGGCUUUUUUUCCUGCGCCUUACCGUGAAGAUAGCGAAAGCCACCAUUCUUUCUUGGCCCAGUAAAAUCUGUGGUAACCGUACUUAAGAGAAAAGCAGCUCACUUGAUUAUUUACUGACAACUUUGCGGCAGAAAACUCCGGUGUCUUGUUGAAUUCGGUCUAGCAUCUCCUACUUAUUCUUAACUGUCCUUCAAGCAGCCCAAGUAUUAUUCAAUAGACCUCUCAGUAACUUUGUCCGAUCAGAUCGUACGCCUCAUUUUGGGAACGUUACGCAUAUCAGCCGGUUAUAUGUCGCUGUGGGCGUUAGUUUGAAGUAAGCUGUGAGUCAGGUCACUGAAUAUUGUUUCAUUUGUAAAAGUAAAUGUUUCUCGCGAACAUGUGGGCACACGAUAAGAGAUGCUCGGCCUUCUAAGAACUCAGGAUUAGUGGAUUAGACAAAUUUACCCGCUGAUAUUUCCUGAUAUUGUGGUCGAGCAAAUUGUUUACGGUUUUCACCCUUCUCUCAAUUUCGUUUGGAUCUUUUUGAACUUUGGUUCACAAGAUUCUCCCGCAGCAAAGUAGAUCAGAUAUCCUAGGUUCCACUUUGUAUACGUUGAUUGUGGUUUUGGAUUUUGGUUUUGAGUAGGGCCGGGCUUGUGUAUUUACCUGCACUGGUUAAAACGCAGGCACCACGAAGACAUGAAAAGACCGCUGGAAAGGUCUGUCAUAUAAUUUAACAGUAGAGAAGACUGACAUUCUUUGCUGGAUAGUUGACCUCUUUGCAACUCCAACCAGACGUUUGAUGGUUUUGGCGUUAAUUUGCUUUUGUAUUGGUUAGCUUAUUAGCGCCAUCGCUGACUUCCCCAUCGGGCUACUUUUAGCCCGCUUCCAGCAACGUCGACGCAUCUUACAGGCCUUGUGCAGCCGGAGCGUAUGCGUAUGCAUGAAAAGAAGGGUAAGGCGCGGACAUACGGACCUCCACAGUAUUACAGAUGGUCUUGCGUUAUAUUCCAGGGGAUUAUGGUCAGGGUUAGGGAAGUAAUAAUGUUAGGGUUAACGUUGGGGUACAGGACUAGGUACCCCAUGGAAUUUAGACUAAAUCCAUGUAUAGUACGGGGAGUCACUCAUUUCGGUUUUCAACCCAGUAUGAGAGUGGGAAUUUGAUAAAGCGUUUCGAAGUGGAGCGCUGUAUUCCUGGUAAGGAAGCAUGCAAAAUGCACACCCCUAGCACAUACCAGUUGCCGCUCUAACUAGGGCAAGCUCUACCUGUCACUUAAGCGGAUAAGUGUUCUGAUAGCAAGAUAAUCUUUCGCAGACUUUUCAUGGUCUUCUUAUACCAGUUUCGGUCAGAUCGUUGGGAGAAAGUAUAGGUCUCGAAUAACCCAACCCAUCUCAGUUAAGCGAACGUCCUUACCUUUGGAUGAAAAAUAUUGCACCGCAUUUGGACGGUAUUGGGGUCAUAGUUGUACAGUACAGUAGUGUUUGUUUCCAGGGUCGCGUGAAUACAGUUUAUGGGUAGAAGGCAACCGUCUGCGACACACACGGGGGAAAUUUUAAAGCCUCACUGAACUUGAAAGUGGGUAGUAGAAUUUGUCAUUAUGCCUGAUUUAUACGCUGCAGAAUAUGGAUGGGAAUUGCAAUACUCCACAGUUUUAAUACGUCAGUAACUAUGCGUCCCACGACUUCUCAAUUCUACAAGUUAGAUUGCCGCAUAUUUUCCGAUAUUUAUGGUCAGCUGCUGCGUUCUGAUUGACCAUUGGAUCAUAAAUUGAGUGAUAAAGUUCGCGAUCAUUUACUUAGCCGGCUGCAGUACGCACAUUAUGAGAAGAUAUUCCAAAGCGUGGUGAUUGGGCGGCACCGGCGUUCAGGAAGGUUCGUCGUGUGCUGUAGCUUCCGUCAGAAUUCCUUUGGCUCACCGUUACCUCAGGUUUGGUUGGUGAUAUAAUUAACUUCGAUGACGAUCUUCGGGGGCAUACGGCUAUUAAAAUAGCUGUUUAUCUAUGUAUUUCGAAGACCGAAAAGCUGACGGUUUACGUAUUGGCUUACAUUAUGAUAAGGCACGGUAAUAGGAACCCCAGGUAACACAGAUGGUCUUGCAAAAAUCUCAUGAAGAAUCAAUAUUCCCGUGUCUAGAUCCAUCAUUUAGCCUUGGCCCUAAACGUAACUCUAACCCUAACCUCAAUUCUGACCACGAUCCUAACCCCGACCUUGACGCUAAUCCUAUCGUAACCCUAACACCAGACUUAUUUCUAACACAAACCAUAAUUUCUCUGGAAAUUAGCGCAGGACACCUAAAAUAGGGCUUGUUCUUAUUCCUAUAUCAUGUCUGCAUCAUUUUAGAACGCACAAAAUGCUUGUAUCCAGACCAACGACUCGAAAAAUGUUCGUGCAAAAUUUCGAAAUUGUUCAUAUUGGUAAAGUUAAACCGUCUGACCGGAAAAACUAUAUCAUAAGCGAUAACUUUCAAGCAAUGUCCUUACGAAAUGUGUGGUUUUCCAUUCGUUCAUGUUAUCAUCAAAAUAUCGACUGUUUGGGCAAUUAUUUCCCAAAAUAUAUUGGAAAAUAGUUGAUGAAGCCAUCACCCUCUCACAUUUAGCAUUCAUGGGUGCGCAGCCCGGAUACUGCGUUCCGUUCCGUGAACUGGCUCUCGUGUUUGGUCAAGCAUCUCUCUCGCGUGACCCAUUGUAGGAACACACCUCAUCACCCAAGGAAGGAAUGAAAGAUGUACUGGGAAGCAUUAGAAGGUCUAAAGUUUCAUAAAGCAUAGUCUUCAAAGUCAGUCAUGGCACUGGUCUGAAGUUGUUUAACAAAACAUGCGGAGAGCCGAUGACUAAGUGGAAAAAAAGGUGGAAUCGGUGGGGUGUCUGUUUGGGAGACGUCGAAUCUAGUGGUGAACUUUUAAGGAGGCUACUACCGCCUGCCUUAAUGAAAUAUUAAUUCUUGCUGAGGAUACUCUGCUGUUUGGCAAAGAAAUGGAGUUUCUAAUAUCGUGAAACCUUCGGAGGUUGGCCUUUUUCAGGGAGUCUCUCCGGAUGUCUUACUGAGCUACCGAAUCGAGUUUGCUCUUCAUCUUAGACCUGUUUACGCAGGAAAUGUCGGCCACCAAAACGUACUGAUCGAUCGAUGCUUACAUGCUUAAAACCCAUCACCCUUCCAUAGCAUUUCUGUGACGUUUUUCACGAAAUGUUAAUGGGUAUUUCAAAAUUCUGUUUAGAUUAGAGGGUAUUAUUUAGACAGGGUGAUGAUGCUGAUUACCGUUCAAAAUAUUUCAGUUACUCCAGGAUGCCAAAUUUUGAAUGCACUUAUUUCUGGCCGCCCGCAGAAACAGCACUCGUCAAAACGACUACAUAAGUAGUGUGAUGUCCUUACGAAUUCAAACACACUUCACAGGAAAUAUUCACAAGGAUGUCCUUUUUAUAUUCAUUUGGUAGCAGAUUACAUCUUUCCAUGUUUAAUACUCGGAGAAAAAGCAUCUCUCGGUUUUAAAAACUGUUUUAAUCUUUGAUUAUUCUUUUAAUCCGUCCCGCGGCAGCAAUUGCAAUUUGGCAUUUUAAACUGUCAGCCGUCUACUUCUAACGAAGGGAAAAUUACAAAUUCUUUUUUAUUAUUGAGAGGAUGUCAUACCUAUGGUUCAUAACACUUCGCAAUUACUACGAGUUAAUUGUAUAUUUUUCAAGAAGCAUUAAUAAUUGAAAAAAUACAUACCAUUUAAAUGGACAUUGUUCAAAUGUAGGGGUUUGAUAGACACUGCUACUUACAAUACAUUAGCCGAUCUAUCUUGUGAAAUUUUGGUCGAAAUUUUAAAUGAAUUACUAGGGUGCGGUCGAAAGACUGACUAGACGGCAACGUAAUCUGAAGAUAGUUCAGUCACGCAGGGUGUCAGCUUUUUAUCGAGCUUCUUUCCAGCCACCUGAAAAAUCUAUACUUGGUCUAAAAUGGCUACUUAUGUAGCAUGCGCUCGUUCUUCUGAGUUGCGAUGUCUCUGUUAAUUAAAAUAUAUUUUAUUUUAAGUAUGCAUAAACACAUUCUCUCUUGUACUCGUUUGGUAGCGAGUUACGUCUUUAUCAAAUGCUAUACCCGAAAAUGGUAUAAUUAGGUAACAAAAAGUGCUUUCUACUUCGCGGAUAGUCUUGAACCUGACGUGCAGUUGCAUCUCAGGCUUAGGGCUUUCAAACCAUGUAUGAAUUUUUUCCGUGGGCCGAAAAUCAUCAGUCUUUCAACGUUAUCAAGAAGAUGCCUUAUGGGGCUCGUAUAAUUUUACGAUGUAGACGAACUAUGUUACAUGCUUCAUAAGCACUAUUAAUAAAGGGACAGAUAAAGUGCCCUAUGAAUGGGAAUUUUACAGUCUUAGAAAACCUCAUAAAAACCAGCUUUUUAAAAUUAAAGAAACUAUUCUUCGAGUACAUAAUUUGAAAGAGACGUGAUUUUCUACCCAAUAAACAUGAGAGGAAAUAAUUUGUGCAUUUUUUCCUAUGAAACAUAUCUCACUUGACAAGGACAUCGGAAUUUAAUGGGAAAAAUCUAUGGUUUAUAAUUAGUCAUUUACUAGCAGGUAUCCUUUCUGUAGGCGGGUGGAAAGAUGCUCAAUCAAAAGUCCACAUCCCUGAGUGACUGAAAUAUCUUCAGGUCAUGUUGCACGAUGACCAGUAUUACAAACUUACCAAAGUAAUCGUUUCUAAUCGAAAAUACGUCCCUUGAGGUAGGCCAGCUACCAUGUGCUGGCCCUUACCUUAUCGUCCGCAGAGGGGCUGAAAGAUACCAUGGCAGGAGACUAACGUUUUAUAAUUUUCUAAAGCACCACCAUCGUAAAAUUGGCGACUGGUCUCAUGUCCCCUAACACAACAGCCUCGAAUAUCACACUGAGCUAACUAAUCCAGUUUACUAUUCAUAUCACCGGGGCCCUCUAUUUGCUAACUUAGGAAAUUUCGGUUAUAAAAGUACUGUAGCAGGAGGGCGCUCACCGAUCGCGUUACGGAACUCACUCGUCCAGUUAGAAGCUGCACAGCGGCGCGUGAUAUAGCAGAGUAGCAUUACCGACAAAGACAAUAAAGACUUGUUGAUGGCUUGUCUUUGCCAGCAAUGCUAUUCAGUAAAAGUACUGCCAGAUACAUGCCAACAGGUCUAAAGCCCAUCCGCACUUCAAAGUUUUUUCGGAUUUUCUAAUUCUAACCUGGGACAAUAAAAUCACCUCGUGUAUUAUUCCUGGACUCAUGGAUUUUCAAUUCUGCGGUUUAGGCACAACACCAGGCAGCCUACAAAGAAAGUGCAGAUACCGAUGAACUAGGCUUGGCAUUUCGCGGUUGAUUUAACAGGCGGACUCAACCAACAGGGUUGCAGGACAAGCAUAUCCAUGAAAAGUGCUUCAAUGCCUGCCAGAAUCGUCAUCCUUAAUUUCAUAAAUGUUGACAGUUUUUUACAGAAUGUUGUUUACUCAAAAUCGGUGGGGAAUUUCAUAGCCUUCUACGAAUAUAUGAUCCUUUCCGUCUUAUUCUCUGGACAUACAAACAGGUUUAGUUGUAACACGAAUUAGGCCUAAACGACGCUUACUUUGGGAAAAGUCCGCUAAAUGUGCAUAGGCGUAAAGUACUUUUUAAGGCAGUCGACACCAACGGUCCAGGUUCACGUUUUUCAAUUGUAGGGGCAACAUAAAGGCAAACCGUAAAUUAUAUGGCAUUACACGUGGUUUUCAACUACAAUAACGAUCUACUAGCGUCCCGCAAAACCGCAACGCGUGAUUUGCCUGAGCUUGGAAUGUUUAACUUAUCAAAUUCAUAUUGACCCAACUGUGAAAAACUCUUCGCCUCGGUGGGAUUCGAACCCACGCAGUAAGGGGGAAGGCUUUAGUACAGCCAACGCUCUAACCACCUGAGCUACGAGGCCCCGCCGGACGACGCGAGUUUUAUCACACUUGGGUCAAGUUAUCCGCCCAACCUACUGCAACGUCUGGAAUCCACCAAAAAAUAUCAAUGAAUAACUUAUCAAAGGCACUUUUUUAACGUAGAAUGUUUUUACCGACAAAGACAGGGGAGACUGGAAUGGCCAUUUCUGGCUUCUUAGCCGUCGUCAGCCGGUCAUACCCAAUUCCGAAUUGUGGAACACCCGAGGCCCGAUCCCGCAACCUGUUACUUAGAAGUCCAACCACUUCUUACCACUGAGCCACGGGUCGUUGUCUUGUCAAUGGCGAUCGGGAAUGUACAAUGGUAGAGGGACGCUUACAGAUAGUUUUUAACGUGCUCAGUGAACACUCUGUCGUUGUUCAAAGGUAACUUUUGCUAAAGAAAUAAUAUUGCAAAGCAGAAACUGAGUAUUUUGCACAACCCGACAAUUUAAUGCAGACCGUAAUGGUCAGACUGGAAACAGGUUGGUUUCGCAGCUGAAGUUAAAAGAGCGUUCCGUCAUUUUUGCCCGGAGCUGUUUCAUGAUUCUGAGACUGAUUUCAAGAGCAUUUUUGGAGGAACCGCGUUUAUAAAAUGAAAUACUAACAGACAACAACGCACGUGACUCUGAAUCUCGUGAAGUAGCACGCUGUGUGGGUCUCGCUGAAUAACUGUCUAAUCAAACUUAAAUCGUAUCUGAGUAUAUUUGACAUAAGAACGCAAAAUUUCUAAUACCUACUUAUUUCCACCAAAGUAGCGACCAUUUUAUUUUUAGCGCUUUGCACGACCGGUCGCUUAUUGGGUAAUCAGACAUUUAUUGGUAUUUAUUAUAGCCGUCUCCCUUCAGUGAAUGAAUUAUUGAUGACAGCUAUGUCGGCUUGACCUGAUCUGUUAGCACAUUCCACUGUGGCCGGGCGUUUGCUUGUUUUGAUAGAGUUGAGAGCUCAGUAGUUUUUCAGACAAGUCAAAACCCACUUCGUCGUUUUUAGAGUUUCAUUAUGAUAUUUAAAGAUUCAUCGGCUGAUAACCAGUAUUCUUAUCCUUCGAUGUACCCCAAUCUGCAGACACUCUUGUCUACUUGUCUUUAUGUCAGCGAGCCCUAUGUAACUGUAGAUUCCACGUGUAUGACGUUUAAAAAGGCACGAUUAUUUUAAAUCUAAUUUUUUUGUUGUUAGGCGGAAGUUUGUCCUCCAAGCCCAGGAUCUCCUCAACGAGAACCGCCGUUUAUUCCAGGAACUACAUCAUCUCAAAUGCUCCCAUGGCGGCGGCAGCCUAUCGUGUAAGUUUGGAUCCCUUUAAACCCGUUCCUGGGACGCUAUGUGGAUUAGAAAAGCAAUGGGGACUCAGCAAUAAAAUUUCCAGCCUGUGGUUGAAUAUGUCGUCCGACUGAGUAAGCGUUGGACAUUCACAACUCCUACAGCCGUUUAGUGGCCAGUACUCUUCUGGCCGAUGGACUAGUGGUUCCUGGAGUCGUUUUCCUUCCCUAUGAUCUCUGCAGCGGUCCUGUACUGCGUCGAAUGUGUUUAGGUUAGCUUAAUGUCACUUAUAAUCACGAUUUGGUGGGGAACUGAAGUCGGAAUCCACUAGGUGGAGGUGGCAUCUAACGGAGAAAGGCUAAAAUCAGAAACGAGAUGUCUUCGUAGUUUUCUCCAAGAGCUCUUACAGCAGUACUGCAAAAUAAAUGUGGAACUUUUGCGUAAAAAGGUAAAGUACACAUACUUUUGGUUUUUAGGUCCACCACCACUUGCCCCUGCGCGUCCCGUAACAGUACCACAGCAGUACGAUGCUCUGCCCGCUCUGAAUUCGCCUGUCAGCCACGCAGAGUGUGACAGACGAAACGCGGAACUGGAGGAUGAAAUUGAUCGAUUGAAACGUGAACGCAGUAAACUACGAAUGCAAGGGGACUCAAUACAAGAUCUGGCAAGGUAAGUUCGAAGUCGAAAGUGCUUUUCAGGAGGUUCCGGGAGAUCGUAAACGCAUAAUGAAAGUCCUUCUGGAAACAGACUAAAAAUUAAACAAAUCCAUGCUUUCCAAGUGCAUGCUUGAUUUGUUUUGUGGAUCAACGCUGGGCGGACUUUGAUUGUGAGGUAGAAAGAUGUCUACUCAAGAUGCUUCCACAAACCUAUCUCUACAUGAACCACAUGGGAUUUAUUUUUCCCUAUGGCCUAUAGGAUGUGCAGCAUUGAAUCAGGCAACUGUAGAGCUUUUAUUUGAACCCAGUUUUCAAACUCAAAUUUCUCUGUUUAAUUGGUCGGGUUUGCCGAAUUUCAGAAGUUCAGAGAUUUAGAUAUCCUUUAGGGUAUAGUUACUAAAGUCUAAAUACCGUUCCCCACGUCUUUUAAAUUUUAAUUUAUUAAUUCCUGUCAGCAAUAUAAUUUGACUCCUAGAUGCGUUAUUAGCAAUGCCGCACAACUUACGUGAAUUGUAACAAUAUCGGGCGUUUAUAAAGCUUAUACAAUCAAUCGCUACAAGAAGUUAGUGCAAUUUUUGUCAACCCAAACGAGAUUGCAGGGUACAACUAAAGACUAUCUUUCGCAGGCAGGGAAGUCGAGCUGUCGAGGUCUCAGAUGGUCCGAAAAACAAAUUAUAUGGUUCUGUCAUCUAACGACUCACUAACGAGAAUGUUCACGGCAUAUCCCACAGCAAGGUAGGCGCAGAUCGUUAGUUUAUGAGGAUAUCGGACUUGCGCAGCGUCUGCCGCAUUCGCUCCCUUGAUCCACCUGGCCCCGGUAGGAGCACAGAUUCAGGACGACCCGGAGGCGAGCCCGGGCUGAAAAGAAGCGUAAAGCACAACACAAUGGAAACAUAAAACUGCCUUAAGGUCAUUCCUUUAAGACACGCGCUCAUUAAUAAGUAGAAUGUUUGCAGAAAUAAAGAGAACAGAGACGAAUGAGACUAGGACAUCACUUGAAAAUACGUAAGGUGAAUUUGGCUGCUUUCUCCGUAUAUCUGCUGUGCAUGUCGCAGAUUCUGGGAACAGAACAACGUGUAAAUCGCCCGAAACUCAGCCGUCUCAUGGAUUCCAAGCCUUCAACCGUCUUGAUACGUCCACUUAAGGCUCUCUCGGCGGGGCGUCGCGUCGGACUUCUUGUAAACACACGCUUAGCGGAGCGUCUAAGUCUUUUUUUCGGCACCAGUGUAUGAUUUUUGAAUCCAAAAAGUACUGUCAAUGUCACUCCGUCCUACUGAGGAGAUUAUAUCUAGUUUCAAUGGGUCCAUAGUUCAAAUACCAGCCGCCGGCUUAUUUUUCAAUAGUUUCAAUGAAUUUAUAUCCAUAACUCCAUAACCUGAAAGCAGGCUUUUCGCAGCAAAGGGUCUUAUUUUUGUGCUUGGUUUAUUUAUUGACCACGCAGCCAUGCUAGACAGGCCAAUAAGGACAAUUAAUGAACUCCAUAAUGCCGACUAGGCAGUUUAUUAAUUUAUUAUGAUUCCUGUCUCCCCAUUUUUCAUUUUUCAAAUUACGCGGCCAAAGCUCUGAUGAAUGAACUCUCCCCAAGCAACUUAAUUCAGAGUAGGUAGUGCUGACGGGUUCCAAAUAAACUAUUCCUUGUUGAAUUACCUUUUUGUGUACUUAAAGAGCAAUUUCCCAGAAGCAGGCGGCUCUAAGACAAGAGAUCUCCCAGUACCAAGCCCUGGAACGGGAGAAUGCCACCCAACGUGAACUGGUAAGCCACGUCUUUAAUCUCUGUUUGUUUACACUCUAUUCCUGCAAAAGUUUCCAGCCAACUUUUAGCCUGAUAUUUCCACGAGCACAAUCCUCUAUAUCAUACCCUCACUCACUGGUUUUAGUUAAUGAAAUUGGCCAGUGAGCGCGACUCCAUGGUCCAAGUGGUAAGCAUCACACCUCCAGUCUUUUUGAUGCGGUAUUCGGAAUUUUUUUUAAAUAUUACUAUGCCGCAGUUUCUUUCUUCUUCCAGCUGAAAGAACGGGACAGAAGUUUUUCUGAUCUACUUGGAUCAGUCAAAACGAAUACAAACCUUACAAGGCGUAAUACCUGCGAUGUAAUUGUUCUUUCUCUUUUGGCUAUUUACUUCUUAACGUGCUCUUGCAACAUCCUAUGCAGCGGUGUAAAUAAAGUGGCCUAACAUAAGUUAAAAGCAGAAAAAAACGGCAUCCUCGAAGAAGGAAAAGAUAGUAGACUGAGGAUGGUAUUCAUUAAAAGCCAGUCAGCGACUGACAUGCUCCAUAGAAUCGAACAGGUGAGUUCCAGGAAGCAGUUCAGUAAACGAAAAUGUGAACACUGGAACAAUACAUUUAUUGACCUGACGUUUAGGAUUCUCACUCGAGCCCAUCAUGAGAGAUAGUCGCAGACAAGGGAAAUGGUCGUAACCAUCAGGCGCCAAGUCAUGAGGCCAAAAGACUCACUGCUACGUCAGGAAAUGUCAAAAGUCGUUUAUCGGAUCCGAUGUAGUUACGGACAAAGUAACUACUUCGGAGAAACUGGGAGAUUACUCCGUACGCGAAUUGCCCAGCACGCAGCAGCAGUGAGGCGGGGAAACGUUAGCUCUCAGGUGGCGACUCAUUCAACGGGACCCGGCCAUAUUUUCAACUUCAAGGAGGCCGAAAUCCUUGCAAGGAGUGACAAAUGCGUAAGCCGCGAGCAGCUCGAGUCAUGGUUCUCAGGCCCGCCGUCCAUCAACAAGCGCAAUGGCCUCCCGUUACCGUAUUCUAUGUCGAGAUUUUCUCCGGGCAGCGGGAUCAGUCACGUUGGGUAGGUGCGGUCGAGCAUUAAUCCCAGUGGCAGUGAGCCAAUGUGCCGAGCAAUCGUCACGUCAGCUUCCAACAGGGAUGACGAAAUCGCGGCAAUUAACGGCUCGGACGCGGACCAACAAGCCAUCAUCGCAUCAAUUACGACCCAUAGCGGUGACUGCGAGAGCUGUCAAUUAUAGUGCGCAUAUGUUCCCACUGCAGCUAUAUGCUGUAAAUACUGCACUCUUUGCGCCACCAUUAGUCUUAUAUGUGACUAACUGAUGAUGGGUUCGAGUGUGAAUCCCAAACGUCAGGCCAAUAAAUUUCUUGUUCCAGUGAUAGCAUCUUCGUCUUCUGGGCUGACAUUAUGUUGUGGUUUGUUGUGAGAAAGAGAGUGAAAUAAGGUGUCUUUUGUAAUUUUCAUCCGAUAUAUCGUGCAAGAUAGCUAAAGAUUCGAAACCUACUGCCGUAAGCUGGCGCUGACAUGACAGAACACCUAAGGACUCUGACAGAGAGAUGGAAUGCUUUCAAACAGUUGAAGCAUACAUGGUGAUAUACUAAAAGAACUGGCAUAUCUUUUGGGUGAAGGAUCUACCUAAAACCGCUCCAUCUUGGAUAAAAGUACAACAAAGUCGAAGGCCAAUGAAAGUUUAUUAUUCACAUAAUAUAAUAGAAUAGGAUUCUCUUUCUGACUUAUUAUAAAGAGUUCCAAAUGUUUUAGAUUUAAAAAAAAAAACACUUAAGCCGUUAGUAGGUGUUUUGCCGCAUUUUAAAUGAUUAAUUUGACAAUUCCUUGAAAAACGCGGUCGUUUCGGCGUGGUUCGAACCCACGACCGCAAAGGCAUGCCUUGAGUACAGCCAGCGUUCUAGCCACCUGAGCUCCGAGAACCAACCGGCGUCCGUCAGUUUGAAAAAAAUUGGGUUAAUUUAUUCGCCCAGCCUACUGCAACGUAUGGAAUCCACCAAUUCUGAUGCAGUGAACUGACUGCCCAAGCGGGUUCCCCUAAGUAAUCAAUCAAGAAUCCACCAGACCACUACCAGACGCACCUAAUUAAAAGGUGUUUUGGCAGAUUUCGAAUACUUUAUUCAAACCCAACGGUGAAAAGUCGGUGACCUCGUUGGGAUUCGAACCUGCGACAGCAACGGGAUUACUUAAAUACAGUUAACGCUCUAGCCACCCGGCCUACGAGACCGAGUUCUUCACAGAUGGGUCAAAACAAACUAUUCAAUCUGAUAAAACACAUUAAUUAAGUGAGCCUGGUAGACAUCUGGGGGAUUCUAGAUUGAUUGCUAAGGCAAUCCUGCUUAUGCAGUCAGAUUACUGUACCGGAUUUGUUCGAUUUCAUACGUUGUAGUAGGCCGGGCGGGCGACUUGAUCCAAAUGGGAUUAAACUCACGGCUCCGGGCGGGGUCUGGUAGCUCAGGUGGUCGGAGCGUUGGCCGUACUCAAGCAUUUCCCUUACGGUCGUGAGUUCAAAUUCUAACAAGGUUGCCAAGGUUUUCGCUGACGGGUCAAAAUAAACUUCAGGGUUUGUUUUCUGGUGUUUCUAUUCUGUUCUUUGUGCACAAAUUAUGCCUCGGGAACAUUCCCACAUGCUUACAGUAGGUGACAUGACCCAUGCAAUGUGCAGAAAUUUACGCUAAAAUUCUAAUAACAUGGUCAGUUGGGUUACUCAAGGGUCCCAUUCAUGAUGAAAGCCUUGUCUUGUACCUUUGACUCUUCAUAGGUAGGCAGGUUUUAAUUUACUAUCUAUUCCUGUUGGUCUGUUGUUAUUUGCUUUACUUGGAAUCAUUUGGACCUGAAAUAACGCUUUUUACAGUCAUUUACAUUUAAUCAUUUGAAAGUUCCCUUUGGAAAGAUACUUCGCAAACUGAGAAGUUCUUUCUUUUCAGAAGUUUGUAGAAUAAUUCGUCAUUCGUAUUUUCAGCUUAUUGCAAAAGAAAGGGAACUGGAGGCUCUUAUUCAAAGGUAAGGAAGUUGUAUGCUCGGGGAGCCUACUUUUUGGGUUUCACGCUUCCAUAAUCGAAUAUCCUAGGGAAAGGCAAUGUCCAAGUGCAUGAACCUUACUGGUAUCUUCUUUUUCUCUUACAGACUCGUUGGGAUGAGCGAGAACAUUCCUCGUAACACAUGCGAAAAUGACAGAUCUUUCCCAAGGGUAUGUCAUCUGCGAAUUGUAAGUACGAUUUCUUACUGCAGUACUGAGCGAAUUCAAGUUUUUCUGUCAUAUUUCCGAUCCUCUGUGUACAAGAUAUUUGUCCUACAGUUCGUUUGAAGACGCAGGUCAGACCUUAUCAAGCCACCCGAAAUAAAUUACACUUAUUGCAUCCUCCUGAUACCCCCUAACAAAGCAUUCAAUUAACCCUCGUGUGGUCGGCGGUUCGCCUACUACCAAUCCUGGCUGACGGAUGAAUCCCCUAUCACCAAAACGCGCAUCGUCGAAAAUAAAUCUUACAUAAAGCUAAACUAAGUCCUUCCGUUCACGUUAUCGGGGUAAUCAGAUGGGAUGAUUGAUAACGGGUCCUACACAGGGACUGAGCUGUGUAAAUGAGGGAGAGUAUGCGGGUGAUAGGUAAAUAUGCCAGCCCAGGUGAAAGUGUCCACAGUAAUGCACGUUCGUUUCAACGUGUAUGUGAACGACAUCAUCAAUAACUGUGCAUGGGCACCUUCGUUUGUUUUAAUUAAAGUCUAUUUUACAAUCUCCUCCACCUUAGCCUCGUUUGGCAGUUUAAUGCCCUGGUAAAUCAUGCUGCCGGCCACGCCGCUGUAAAAUAUCAACUGUGUGUGUGUGCGGAUAGCAGCUUCGAUUUUGUUUGCGCGCAGACAUUCUUUGCGUAGAGUUAAUUAUAUUCGCCAUCUUCUAAAAUUCCGCCCGCUUGCAAACCACUCACUAACGAUGCCCUUGAUCUGACCACAGAUCGGCUAAUACGUUUGUGUUUCGUCAAGCAAAUGAGCACCAGAGCAUUUAGCAUUCUUAAGGAGUUAUUUAUGUGACCGAAUAUUUCGACGUGACACACAAGGCAUCACCCCACUAAAUUACCAUUCUUUUGUUGUUUUUUAGGCGAAUGAGAAUGCUAGUGGCGUACCCUACAGAUCUGAGUAUCGGCCACCCUACCCAGUUACCUAAGAACUGCCGUCAACCCCCUGUAGAGUGUCAUUCCUUUGGAAGCUGGAAUCUUCAAGCAUUCCAUAUUUUUGAUGACCAUUUAGUUCGUUUAGGUAUUUUGCCCUACUUUUCGAUUUGUAUAUGGCAAUGAGCCAAACUCAAUCUAAGAUUCCCGUCAGCUUCCUUCUUACCUAUCAUUACGAGACUGUUCUAAGGAGGGAAAGGAGUAAAUGCUAAUCAGAUUUUCGUUUUCUUAGGAGCUUCCUUAAAAUAGGCCUCCUUUUGAAAGAUUGACAAGAAAAUGCAAAGCUGGAGAAGCUUAUUUGUAUCAACUCACAGGAAGCUACGAUAUGCUAGUCAAAAAGUCGGUGUUUCUGACUCAACGGUUUUUUCUAGAGAUUUGCGGAAUUCUUCUGAACAUGUUCAAAUAAUGGAAUCUACCGUGCAGGGUUUACCAAGGCAUUCAAUAUUCACGGCUCGGUCAAGUAAAGGUGGGCGUCGUUAGAAAUCGAUCUGUAAUAUUAAAAACACCUUGAUAUGCAGUUCGGAUCUCUGCUGAAAUAGUGCAUAGAACACUUGUGGACAUACACCUCAGUAGGUGUCAGCGAAAGAUAGAAAGACGAGUCCUGAUUGCAAGCAUUCCGACAAAGCUCCUCUUUCACGACAUGACUACUUGUAGUUAGUCCUGUAAAACAUUUUGUGGUCAACUCUUAUUUUGCGCUGAUUCAUGCCGAAUAGCAACAAUCAUUUUGAUAGUGUUGCAUUUUGACUCGAACACAAAUGGAACUGUUUACAAUGUUAUAUUGACUGAAUAUGUAAAAAGUAAGUGGACAUUAAUAGGGUUCUCAAGUACUCCGUCUGUACCCCUCCAAAAAUACCUACAUACCUACAUGGGACUAAGUGUUGUGCCAGAAAUUCAUGAGGCAUUUCAAAGACGCAGACGCGCUUAGCUGCUCUGGUGUCGUCAACUUUGCAGAAAUGAAGCAGAUUGUCAAAGGGUUUACCGUUACUGGUGACAGAAUGCCACCUAAACACAUCGAAAUGGUAUUGCAUUAAAAAUAUAUAUCGUCAUUCGCAUGCAAGAAUUACGGUGACUGGAAUCCAAGAAGCUGUCAGCUCAAGUGCACUGCAGUCAAACAUCUAAGCCGAUCAAGUAUUCGAUGCGGGGAUUGGGAGCUGUGGUUGACACUGCUAUAAAUAGUCCACACACUCCACAACACACAGGGAUUUCGCAAAAAGGUUGACUGCUCGGAACUCGCAUGUUUGACUGGCAUGGAGGCCACACGGAGAAGGGACCAAAGAGCGCGAUUCCCACUUACGUAAAGGGCACUGAUUCCGUGCUUUUGGGGAUGGUGGGGACAGUUUCGUGCGCGAUGCAUGUGCUGGUGGGGAUGUUGUACCGGCGAUGUUGUACUACAGGUUUGCAUGAAUGUGCGCGCGACCAGUGUGAACAAUAAAGGCGGGUGCGUUGGGUAUAUGUUGGUGCCCCAGACAUUAGUUCACUCGUCUCUGUGCGAUGGAUUCGCACAUGACAGGUCAGAAUAAUGUAUGAUGUAUACAUGCAGAUGGCAACACGAAUGGGCUAGAUUAGAGACCUCUUCGUCGCUUGCGACGAUGGCGAUGAUGAUGAUUAUGGUGGUGGCGGCGGCGGCGGCGGCGGUGGCGGUGGUGCUGGCGAUGAUGAUGAUGAUGAUGAUGGUGGUGGUGGUGGUGGUGGUGGUGGUGGUGGUGGUGGUGGUGGUGGUGGUGGUGGUGGUGGUGGUGGUGUUGUUCGCCACGUUGGUGUUGUGUCUAAAUUAGUCCUUUCAGGUAUCCAAGACGGCUCCUGGACUAAAGUACGGCUCAUUUUUAGAAAAGGUACGAAUGCGAAUAGGCACAGAAUUACUUGA